UAGUUGUGUUCGCAAUGCAUGCCGGGUAGGUCAGCUUCAUUGAGAAGGGCGCCAUGUGCUUUUGAGGCUCAGCCGCUUGUAGAAAACAGCGACUCGGUUACCAGCAACGAGGCCGCCUAUCGAAGGGCAACAGCGGGACUCGAGGACCCCGGAGCACCGCUCAGCAUGCUCUGCGCCAGACGCUGCCUCCGAACGGCGCUGCGGGCCGCGGCGAGCCUCCAGCGGACACAGCUCGAGCAGCAGCAGACGGCGGCGCGGCGCGCGCUGCGACUCCUCCGGACGAGCGCCGCCGUGCGCUCGGACGCCCUCGUCGCGCCGCCGCUGGACGGCGCCCCCAAACAGUACUCGCCCAAAAUCCAGCAGCUCGUCAGCGACAUAGCCAGCCUCACCUUGUUAGAAGUGUCGGACCUCAACGAGCUCCUUAAGAAAACGUUGAACAUCAAGGAUGUGGGAAUGAUGCCGAUGGGGACGAUGGCGGCAUCAGCUGCUCCCGGACCACAGGCCGCGGAAGAGGAGGCGCCGGUGAAGAAAGAGAAGACUCACUUCACCGUCAAGCUGACGGACGUCAACGCGGCCGAGAAGGUGAAACUGAUCAAGGAGGUGAAGAACUGCAUCCAAGGCUUGAACCUGGUGCAGGCCAAGAAGCUGGUGGAGUCCCUUCCUCAGGAGAUCCGCGCCAACGUUUCCAAAGACGAGGCGGCGAAACUGAAAGCGGCUCUGGAGGCGGCAGGCGGCACCGUGGUCCUGGAGUAGACCCGGACCCCCUUCCCCUCCCUCCAUGCACUUCGUCCAUUUGAAUUUUUGUACGCGACAAAGGAGGCGCGAAGAAUGAAAACGACCUUCCCUCGUCUUUAGUCUCUCGUCAGCGUCGGGGCGCAACAAGUCAGACUGAACUUUUUACAAAGAAGCGCCCGACUUACGCCCGCUGGCGUGCCGCGUACACGGGAAGAAAAGGGCCUCUGUUCGGCCGAGGGCACGGUUGAGUUGUCGUCGCUGAAGGAAUUGUUGUCAUUAAAAGAUGAAAUAUAAACUCA